AUGGGUCUAUGGAGCAAUGAUGUAUCAUCAGUGGUCAAUGUGCUCUGUGAUUCUAUGUGGUCCUGGAUGCAGAAGGAGAAACUUCAUUCUAAGGGACAGGUUUAUGACCCGAUAACAAAUAAUUUGGCAGAUAUGGCUACUGGACUGCGAGAAGGCUGGACUGGUUCAUGGCAUCUGUUUGUGGUUACAGAGCAUGAAAGAACGAAUCUGAAGAUUUAUGACACCGAAACUUAUUCUUGGUAUAGUGUAGAAGGACAUCCUGUGCCAAAGCAGAUAUGCAAGCCCUUCAGUGUCGACUGA